UGUGUGUUUUUUUUUGCAAAAGAAAACGAGCUGAGAACGCGAUUAUCAACCUUUCCGCUUCCUGUAGUGCCUGUUCCGUGAUAAAUAUUUUUGUUUCAAGUCAGUACAUUUUCCCUAAUCUUGUGGCGGGUUGAGGGAAGCAGGCUGUUUUGAAGAGAGAGGUGAUCAGAGGUUUGCACUGGACAGAUACAUUGUGGCGGUGGAGUGUUUGCCGCUGAUGUACAUUGUUGCAGCCGCAUAGUGGGCUCGGAUGGCGAGCGAGGGCCCCAGCAGCAGCAGCAGCCUGGCGUACGCAGACGAGCCCGCUCCAGACGGCUUCUGCGAUGUCUGCGAGCCGGACGAGGCACGGCCCGCCCUCAAGCUCUGCGACGCCUGCUGCCUGUCCUUCUGCGAGCCGCACGCCCGCGAGCACAAUGCGAAGCCGGCCUGGCGCCAGCACGGGCUCCGGGACUUCCAGGCGGCCGCCGAGAGCCGGGAGCCCCAGCCGACGGACACGGCUGGCAACCAGGAAGCCGCCGAGGGAGACGGGAAGCAAGGCGAGAGGAAGAAAUGCGUGGAUCACAACCAGGAGAUUACACUUUACUGCAAAGACGACGAGAAGAUCAUCUGCGUGUUGUGCGCCCUGGGCCCCCACUGUCAGCACCAGUUGAUUACACUGGAUGAAGCCUAUCUCGCCCUCAGAAAUCGACCUCCAAUUGACCUGAAGGGUGCCAUGCUGGAGAUGGUGGAACGAUUGAAGAUGAAAAGCUCAGACCCCAAUGUGACUCAGGGACAGAUGGAGGACUGCAUUAAACAGGAGUUUGCUAAAAUGAGGCAGUUGGUGACUGAGGAAGAGCGCAAGGCCCUUCACCUGGUGGAUCUACAGGAGGCAGUGGCCACAGCCCACGUAGCUGAGCUGAUUGCUGAGAUUAAUGUCACCAUGGAGAAGCUCACUGAGGAGAUGCAGGAGAUCACAAGACAGUUGAAUGCCUUCAAUCAAUUGGCACUGCUGAAACCGAAGGUUAUUGAAGAGAAACCCAGGGAAAACUCCCACAGAGAUGAUUCCCCUCCUCCAGGGAGAGGUGGCAGUUUUAGUGAUGCUCCCAGUGCUAAUGGACCUUGGUGAAGUACGCAACAAUGGAGGUAUUCGUGAUUUUUUUUUCUAACUGGUUUCACCACUUUUCCAAACUGAAGUGCUUGAUUCUGACAUAGGAUUCGAUCAGUGUUUAUACAAUCAACAUGUUGACCUGAUGACGAUUGAAAUUUGAAGUUUCUGAUUGUAUAAGCAAUGUUUUUAAUCACUGGACAUCAGUAUCUCUGAGCUGGAAAUCGAGGACAGCCCAGGCACCAGCAGCAAGAGAUAAUAAUUAUUUACAGAGUUGAAACCUGAAUGGAGAGCCAGUCUGUAAAUGACAAUCCAAACGACCUCACCACAGAUAUUCUUCAUACUCUUAUCCUGCUACUAACUGGGAUGUGUUCAAUUUAUAGACAAGACUGUUAUACACUGAUCUGAGAUUUAAACAGAGUCCAGGGCCACACUUUUAAUGAGAGCUUUAUUUCAAUUAGCCACACUCCAUAAACACUCGCCUCACUGAUUACUAACUUCCCAUAUUUACACAACCAAUUCACACUCAAUUAACUCUUCAUUAAUAUACCCAUCACUUAUUAUUUCAUUCCAUUAGGCUUGAGACAUCUGUAUUAGAUGAUGAUAAAGUCUAAACCUGGAAUUGAAGAUUAAUCUCUGCGACAGAUGAAAAAAUCUGAAGGGCCAAUGAUGAAAUGAACCAGGCAGGUUUCAGAGAGCAUGUUCACUUUCCUAGUGGAUUGGGAAGGCUGAGUCAUGUAGAUUGAUUUAUUAGAUUACUAAUGAGGAGUGGGCCUGGAUGAAGGAACUUGGGGUUUUUUAAAUUAUUAUUUACUUGGGACAUGGGUGUUCCUUAAUUGCCCAUGAGAAGCUGGUGGUGAUCUGCAGUCCAGGUCCCUAUAGGUACACCCACAGUGCCCUGAGGAAGGGAAUUCCUGAUGUGAUGAAACUUUUGAAAAUACAUUCAGAUGUGGCAGUCUCAAAUACUAGGUUGUGCAAAUCCAAGACCUUCCCCAGGCUCUUAAUCCUUGUGAUGUGUAGCCAUUUCCUCAUAAACGAUCUGGACCUUUGAACCAUUUUGUUCUUUUGCCACAUUCACACACUGUCGAUUUACCUCCAUUUAAGGCAUUGCUUCCCAAAAUUCUUUAGUUGAUGAUUGUGUUUUGAGGAUUCAAAAUUGACCACUCAAUCAAAGCUGUAAGAGUGGAAAGGUUGGGGUGGGUGGAGCUGUAAAAUAGGACGGGAGGGCUUGUUAACUGUGAUACAACCAUGGGGAUAGAGGGCAUUGGGGAGAUGCAGACAAAAUUAACAUCUUCCCACUCUCCCAUUUUAAAGAGAUUUUUGAUUAAUUGCAUUUUCACUGGCAUCUUUAGAGCAGGAAUCAGGCCUUAAAGAUUGGUCAAUUCGGUCAUGCCUGCCUUUGAAAUAGUUUGAUGACUUAAAGGGGCCACCCAGCUGUUAGACCUCAGCUGAAGCUCAACAGUAGCCAUUACAAAAUCAGAGCUCAUAACUCCAAAAUAGGAGCUUCCCACAGUUCGGAAAACUCCGAUUGUCCAACAAAAGAAAUCCACUUUGAGUUGCACAUUGGGGAUGACUUUGACAAGACUCAUACCUUUCAAAAGAGCCAUCAAUUCUCUUGAACUCAAUGCAAAUGUAUUUUGGAGAUUUCUGAUAAGUAAUUGAUGCAAUUUCACUCAGAAAUCAACGUCCCUAUGUAGAAAGCACUUUAAGAUAUUUCUCUGAGACUCGUUCCGAUUUUGACAUAACGUAUUUCUCCUUUACCUGAGAACUAGUCAAACUACUGAAGAUAUUCGCUGGGUCGUAACUGCGUUGCUGGAGGCAUCACUCAGAGGGAUGGGGAAUGAAGGAUCUUUUCUUCAGGUUUUCCUUAAAGAUACAGCAUAGUUCACUUGAUUAGAUCAGCCAUAUUGACUGCAAGGUAGGAGCAGUGCCAGUCAUAGUCUAGUCAUUCUCACUUGAUUGGUCCAAACGCCCUAUCUCCUCUGAUUUAUCAUUGAAUAAUAUGUAGCAGAGCAGUCUGUGAGGCAGCAGAACUUUAUUUUAUACAUGUAUGAAAUAUAUGCUGCUUCGACCUCAUUGCAGUAGUCCCUUAUAAUUGUACUCAAACAGAUCACCAUCACUUUCUCCAGGGGCCAGUGUGUGGCCAUCAAUCACAGCCCUUUCAAUUUGUUUUUUGCUCUUUGAGACUUGUAAGCAGCCAGUGUAAUAGAGUCUUUGUUCAACAUGCACUUGCCUAUUACUCCUCUACCAUGAAUUAAUGCAACUUGCUAAGAGUAUAGAGCUCAGUAGUGCCCUCGAAAUGGGUAAAGGGAUAGUUCCAUGUAACAGGCUGCUUGACAGAGGUUUGAACCAUUGGAAAAAGUGUAAAUAACUAUGCUAUAGAAUAGAUCUCUGAGCAUUCUACUCAGAACAUAUGCGAUUUUUGUUCGUAUCUGUAAUAAAAAGUUUUUAUAUAA